ACGUGAAUAGAAAAGGUUGAAGAUGGCAGAAGAAGUGAAAUUGAGAGAUGAAAAUGGAAACCCUGUGGGACUGACAGAUGCAUAUGGAAAUCCUGUUUGGUUAACAGAUGAGAAAGGGCAAUCCAGUACAUCUCACUGGUGUUGCAACCAUAGCAUAUCACACUUUCUUUGAGGAUAAAGGGUUUGAGGAUAACAGAUUUGAAGAUAGCAGAUUUGAGGAUGAAGGGCAUGUAAAGAAGAAGGAUAGAACAAAAGAGAAGUUUGUACCAGAAAAAGGUGAAGGGGAAAUGAAGGAAAAUUUACACAGCAAAACAUCACUAAAAGAAAAGUUAUUAGAAGAAGAAAAGGAGAAAGAGAAGAAAGAGCAUUCAGACAUGAAAACAUUACCAGAAGAGAAAGAAGAAGAGAAAACUUGUAGAAUUAGUAAUGGUAACAUUGAUGAACACAGAAGCACAAUAAAAGGGAUAAUAGAAAUUAUCAAAGAAAGAUUGCCAGGUCAGGGCAACCACUAAAAGCUUCACCAAUCACUAUAUAUAUUCAUCAACUUAUUAAGCUUUUUUAAUGUUUAGAAUCUAUGUUUCUGAUUGAGUUUUGCUUUACAUAAGCUGAUUGAGUUUUGCUUUAC